AUGGUUCUCAACAACAUUGCCCGGACUGCGCUUCGCCGCACCAUGGCCGCCCAGCCUGCCGUCCAGAGCUGGACUUCCCGUUCGGCAUUCAACGCAACGAGGACCUACGCCAGUAAGAGCGCCUCGCUGAAAGAGACAUUCGCCGCAAGCCUCCCGGAGAAGAUUGAGCAGAUCAAGAUGCUGAAGAAGGAGUACGGCAGCAAAGUCAUUGGUGAGGUCACCCUCGACCAGGUAUACGGUGGUGCCCGUGGCAUCAAGUCGCUCGUGUGGGAGGGCUCAGUUCUUGACUCUGAGGAGGGUAUCCGAUUCCGCGGCAAGACUAUCCCAGAAUGCCAGGAGCUUCUUCCAAAGGCACCAGGUGGCCAGGAGCCAUUGCCAGAGGGCCUUUUCUGGCUCCUCUUGACCGGCGAGAUCCCAACAGAGCAGCAGGUUCGCGACCUAUCCGCUGAGUGGGCUGCCCGCUCUGACGUUCCAUCGUUCGUCACCGAGCUCAUCGACCGCUGCCCAUCUGACCUCCACCCAAUGGCUCAGCUUUCCAUCGCUGUCAACGCGCUCGAGCACGAGUCUGCUUUCUCCAAGGCAUACGCCAAGGGUAUCAAAAAGACGGAAUACUGGGAGCACACAUUCGAAGACAGCAUGGACCUCAUCGCAAAGCUGCCCACCAUCGCUGCCCGUAUCUACCGCAACGUCUACAAGGAUGGCAAGGUUGCACCAAUCCAGAAGGACAAGGACUACGGUUACAAUUUGGCCAACCAGCUUGGUUUCGCUGAGAACAGCGACUUUGUUGAGCUCAUGCGCCUCUACCUGACCAUCCACUCUGACCACGAGGGUGGCAACGUCUCUGCCCACACCACUCACUUGGUCGGUUCGGCACUCUCCUCUCCAUUCCUCUCGCUCGCCGCUGGUCUCAACGGUCUCGCCGGUCCUCUCCACGGUCUCGCCAACCAGGAAGUGCUCAACUGGCUUCAGGAGAUGAAGAAGAGCGUUGGCUCGGACCUGUCUGAUGAGAACAUCAGCAAGUACCUCUGGGACACCCUCAAGGCCGGCCGCGUCGUGCCAGGUUACGGUCACGCCGUUCUCCGCAAGACCGACCCACGUUACGUAUCGCAGCGCGAGUUUGCCAUGAAGCACCUUCCAGACGACCCAAUGUUCAAGCUCGUCUCCCAGGUGUACAAGAUUGCCCCAGGUGUCCUCACGGAGCACGGCAAGACCAAGAACCCAUACCCCAACGUCGACGCACACUCCGGUGUCCUUCUCCAAUACUACGGCCUCACCGAGCAGAACUUCUACACCGUGCUCUUUGGUGUCAGCAGAGCCCUUGGUGUCCUUCCACAGCUCAUCAUCGACCGCGCUGUUGGUGCUCCAAUCGAGCGACCAAAGUCGUUCAGCACCGAGGCCUGGGCCAAGCUUGUCGGCGCCAAGUUGUGA